AAAAAAAAAUCCGACGAUUCUUUGUGUCGACGAUAUCAAAUUUGAUCUGAGACUCAAAUUCCCGUGAUAACGCGAGGAAGAUGGAUGAUGAAUUGUUGGAAUUGCAGCGUCAGUUCGAGUUUGCUCAACAGGUGAAGUCAAGCGUGAGAUUAUCGGAUCGGAAUGUUGUCGAAUUGGUUAUGAAGCUUCAGGAGCUUUGCGUUAUAGACUUCGAUCUGCUUCAUACUGUCACCGGAAAAGAAUUCAUCACUCAGGGAGAAAUAAUAUCACAAAAUUACUGGGAUUCGAUUGCAGAAGAAAUUAAUGAGAGGCUUCAAGAAUGCAGCCAAAUUGCUGUGGCUGAACUUGCUGGUCAGUUACAGGUUGGCUAUGAUUUGGUGCAAUCGGUUUUGGAGCCUCGACUUAGAACUUUGGUGAAAGCAAGGCUAGAAGGUGGAUUACAAGCGGUGAUUGGUCGUUCUGGUGAAGCAAAACAGACAUGUCGAAGCAGGUCAUGCAUUGAAAAGGCUGAUGUGUUAGGGUAUCAAACCAAACGAGUUCACUUUUGGCACGGUCAUUGGGUCUUCUACAUCUUUGAGAGAUGUCAAAUUGGGUAAGCAGCUACAUUGUUAUGCGUUAAAGAUUGGACUUGCGUCGAAUGUGUUUGUGGGUAGCCAAUCUUUUCAUGUAUUUGUAGGAAUCAAUAACUUAGCCCUGC